AUGGGGGAGGAGUCCACCAGCGGUGGCACGGGCGGGAGAUUCGGCGACUGGGUCGUCAUAGUGGCCGGCGUGGCUGCCCUAGUGGCCAGUCUCCUCACCGUUCUGUCUGUCUGGCUUCAAGCGAAAAACUACCGGAAACCGCUGCUGCAGAGAUAUGUAGUUCGGAUACUGUUGAUGGUACCUAUCUUCUCGAUAGCAUCAUGGGCCAGCCUCAUAUCUUUGACGGCUGCCUUCUGGAUAGCCCCGCUCCGCGAUGUCUACGAGGCUUUCACCAUCUACACCUUUUUCCAGCUCCUCAUCAAUUUCAUCGGCGGUGAGCGUGCCCUCAUCAUCUUGAUGCAUGGCCGCCCUCCGGUCCCCCACUUAUGGCCUCUCAACUACGUCCUGCCAAAGGUCGACAUCUCGGACCCUCAUACCUUCCUUUCCAUCAAGCGUGGGAUACUGCAGUACACAUGGGUGAAGCCUAUACUUGCCAUUGCCACCAUUAUCAUGAAGGCAACCGGCACGUACCAGGAGGGCUACAUUGCCCUCUCGUCAGGCUACUUCUGGAGCAGCCUGAUCUACAACGUCAGCAUCUCUGUGAGCCUGUAUGCUCUGGCCAUGUUCUGGGUUUGCAUGGCACACGACCUGAAACCCUUCCGCCCGAUGCCAAAAUUCUUGUGCAUCAAGGGCAUCAUCUUUGCCUCUUACUGGCAGGGCUUUUUCUUGUCUAUCCUCGUCUGGCUCGGUGCCAUUCCAGACGAUGUCCCAGGCUAUACGCCUGACAACUUAGCAGCGUCCAUUCAGGAUGCCCUCAUUUGCUUUGAGAUGCCCGUGUUUGCCAUCGCUCAUUGGUACGCUUUUUCGCACCACGACUACGCCGACCGCACAAUUUCUGCUGCGAGAAUGCCUGUCAAGUACGCUCUGCGGGAUGCCUUUGGCCCCAUGGAUCUCAUCCAGGACACCAAGGACACCUUUGCUGGAAAGCACUAUGAGUACCGAUACUUUGACGCCCGUGAUAAUGUGCUUGCCCACGAAGAGUCGGCUUCUCGUGUUGCUCGAAUGAUGGAGGGCAUGCGCUAUGAGAGAGGCGGUAAAGGCAAGUACUGGAUCCCAAAGCCAGGCACCGACAGCAGAACACCAUUGCUGGGCAACUUCGUGUCGUCUAGUAGAGCGAGGGCCAUGAGCCCUGGUGCUCACAGAGCCCUUGAGCAAGCAAAGAAGUAUGGUUCCACCGAAGACGACAUGGAAGAGCCAGAGCUCAACCCAGAGGACGAGCGGCUCUUUACAAAUGCCAGAGCUUUGGAGUUCGGCGACUGGAACUAUCCGGUCAUACCGGCACACUACGCGUCGCGUGAAGACAGAUUGUACUAUACGCCGAAGAUGAUCACCGCGUCCACUAACCGUAAUCUCAUUCAACCAACGAAAGAGAACAAACGGUGCCGCAAGAGCCAGAUCCAGGACCUUCAGGAUAAAGUUGUUAAAGGAAAGCACCGUGGCAGUACUGCGAGCAACGGCACAGGCCAGUCGUCGAGCUCCAAGUCACGCGCAGGCAAACUGCGACGACAGGACACGUCAUCAUCCGCAGUUUCUGUGGGUUCAUCCAAGUCUGGGCGAAGCCAACUCGUAGACCUGGUUGUAGAGGACCACGAAGCGGAAGAAGUGGAGCGCGUGAGAGCCCGCAAAGAAGGCGGUCCCGGAUGGAACGAAGCCGAGCCGAAGCACUUUGUGCGCACAUACCCGAAUGAUGGGCAGGAAGAAGAGGUUCGAGAAGGCUUCAAUCCUGAUGAACCGCAGCCGCACCAGCCGGAGAGAGAGCAUAAUUUGGAUGCACCGUUCACCCUCGACGAGGGCGAGGAAUCGGGUGCCAGGAACGAUGAGGUGCGUCUCGAGUCGGACGAGGCAAUGCAAUGGCAGACUCGCAAUCUCAACGAUGACCGCGAGGCCCUGCCCAGCCCGCACUACGGCAGCUUCCGAGAGGAACGCAGCAUCUGGAGCACGAGGGACGAUUAG